UUUACAGUUUUGACAUUUGUUAUUGUCAUUGACAUUAACCUUAAAAUGUUUCUAUGUAUUUGUAAACAAGAUUUAUUUAAAGGGUAAAAAACAAUUAAAUUAAAAAUUUUAAUAUAGGAUCAUUGCAAUGGAAUCGAAGGAAAGUGCUAGAAUACCUAGGGAUGUAUUUAUGGAAACAUUCAAAUAUUUUAAAUCAAACAAACCAAAACCGUCUCUAGAUAGAGUGAUAACUACAGAUUCUGAUAACAGAUUACUGCUGUUUCAUAGAAGAGAUAUUAUUGAAGACGUAAGGUCAAAAUAUUUGGGUUUGCGAUCUCUAAAGGAAUGGAAAGCCUACUCGUUGAAGAGUAAUCCCGGCUUAAUAUUAAUAAGAAACCCUUUCACUAGUCUAGGCCAAAGGUUUUGGAUAAGAAAAUGCUUAGAAAUCUAUCCAAAGAAACCAAAUAGAACAAAUAUUGAUGUAGAAACACAUAUAGAUGACUGGUGGUCGGAAUGUCAUUAUAGUGAGAGAAAUAAUAGCAAGCUUCUUAAGAAACUGCGCUGGACAACAUUAGGAUACCAUCAUAACUGGGACACAAAAGUUUACACUGAAGAAAAUAAAGGAGUAUUUCCCAGUGAACUUUCAGAGUUAGCUGACAUAGUAGCACAUUAUCUUGGCUAUGAAGGAUUUCGUGCGGAAGCAGCGAUUGUUAAUUACUAUCACAUGAGUUCCACACUUUCUGCUCACACUGAUCAUUCAGAAAUCAACUUAGAAGCACCUCUAUUUUCAUUUAGUGUCGGACAGUCGUCAAUAUUCCUAAUAGGUGGUCGAGAUAAAUUUAUAAAUCCAAUUCCUAUUUUACUGAACAGCGGUGACAUAGUCAUCAUGUCAAAGGAAGCAAGGCUGUGCUAUCACGCUGUCCCUAAAAUAUUACCUUCACCUACGACACCCUGGAAUUAUCAAGAAGAUUCCGGAGGAAUGGAUUUUAGUGCUGUUAAAUUUAAAUUCAUAGAUUAUGAUGUCAGUUCAGACUUUCACAGAAACAUAGACAAUGUUGAAUGGAGUCAUUUCAACAAUUAUAUUUGUGAAUCAAGAAUAAAUAUUAAUGUGCGGCAGGUUUUAAAUGAAAAUCAAAACAGUCUGAACGAUGUUAUUUGACAAAAUUUUAAUUCGAAAUUAUUUAUGUUGUUAUCAUUUUAUUCACAUUAUUUAUGCGCUGUUAUAAAUAAAUCCGCCAAUCAGACCGGGGUUCUUGUAUGUUGGGUGUUGUCUUACAGGUGCUUUUGUUAUGACUGUAAAAUUAAAAAUUUAUUAAAAUA